AUGACUCCGCGAGAUUUAACGUCAUAUGGCUCGUGUUUUUUUCUUUUAUUUUUUUUAGUCCAGACGUUAUUUUUCGGCUCGACGCCGAAAAUAGUUUGUUUAAAUUAUGUCUAAUUCGCCGAGAUAAAUAAUCCCUUGGAAAAAAAUUGUCACUUGGAGAGUAUUCUUUCUCCUUUUCUUAAUAGACUUUUCGAAUUUAGUGAUGAAAAUAAUUCAUCAACCUGAAUAAUAUUAGGUUAGAUGUAUAACAUGGAAAUGUUCCAUGGAGUCGAUUACCAACAGAUUCUGGCUAAACGUGGUAUCAAACUACUGGAUACGAUUGGAAGAGGAAGUUACUCAAAGGUCAAGCUUGGUCAUAUAUCUAAGAAUGACCCAAGACAAGUUGCUGUAAAAAUCAUUAAUCUAUUGAAAGCGCCUGAAGAUUUUAAAGAAAGCUUCCUUCCUCGUGAGCUGGAAAACUGGCCAUCACUCGAUCAUCGUCACGUAAUUAAAUUCUAUGAAGCUUUUCAAAUUGACCAAACUUUAUUUAUGAUCAUCGAGUUUGCUCCUCACGGAGAUAUGCUUAAAUACAUCCAAGCAAAUGGUAAUUUACCAGAGAUGAAAAGAAAAUUGCUAAUGACUCAGCUCUGCAAUGGUGUUAAAUACCUUCACGAUCGAGACAUCAGUCAUCGCGAUCUGAAACUUGAAAACCUCUUACUUGACGAAUCGAACUCAAUAAAAAUUACAGAUUUUGGUUUUUCGAAGAAAGUGUCUGGAAAGAAUCUAAGUCAUACAUAUUGUGGUUCAAAGUCAUAUGCAGCCCCAGAGAUUCUAACUGGUUGUCCAUACAAUCCGUUCAAGUCAGAUAUCUGGGCCAUUGGUAUUAUUCUCUAUAUCAUGAGCACAGGAAAAUUUCCAUUCGACAAAAAGAAAGACAUAAAGAAAAUUAUAGACGACUAUAGGAAGUUACACAUAUUUUGGGAUCGUUAUCCUAUCGAAAAUGAUUGCAGAGAGGCUGUCGAAAAACUUCUAGUGUUCCGUUUUCAAGACAGACCAUCCAUAGAUGAUGUGUUUAAGAUAAAAUGGUUUAUUACAGAAAAUAGUGUUUCGGAAAAUGCCUGACAGUUAACGAUUCCAUACAAUUCUUCCACAACAUCGAUUUCACAUUACCUCACAUUUGACAAAUUUUCUUUCCUAACAACGAAGAGUACCUAAUUAACAUUUCCGUGUACAGCUGUUUUCCGUUAAAAUAUUAUAUUGCGCAAGCAUACAUACCAUUAUACACAACCAAACAGUGGACACAAUCUUUGUCUUCUCAUUUAAUUAUUUCAGACAGUUGUUCUUUUUAUAUAUAUUUUCUCUUUAUUUAAUUGUUUCUUUUACUCAUAUCUUUUCUUUUUGUAUUAUUUGUUUAUUAAAAAUACAAUACAAAUGAGUGUUAAUCUGAAAUAAGAUGAACCUGUAUAUCCUGGUAACAUUACUGUUUUUACUCCAUCAUUUGGUCAGAAUCGUCACAGUAUUGAACAAAAUGUUUUACAAUAUUUGGUUACAUUCCAUAUGUCCUGAGCUUAAAGUUUGCUCUGGCCGACAUAAUCUUUCCUUCUUUAGGAUUGUCGAUGAAAUAAAUAUCAGUCAAGUACUGGAGUCGAUAUAAUCCAUUCUAUCCACUCGCCCAACAUCUCUGGUCUUGUGCCCAUGUUAGAAACCGUCUCUAUCAUUAUUCUGCUUCAAGCGAUACUAUUCAAUAAGGAAAUCGAAUACAUAAUUGAAGUUUUUAACAUUGAAACAGUAUCAUGAAGAUCUAUAGAUUUAUGUAUCAAAAUAUAAAUAAGACCUUUUAUUACACAUGGAAGCUACACGAGUUCCGCUGGUUAUAAUGAUUUUAAAUGCAUCAACAGAUGCACUACCAUAUUGUUGAGCUGUAUGCGCGUACGAUCUUGUAUGCGUCUGAGUGCGCGUGUAUGUACGUGUAAAAUUGCCUUUUUUGUGGAUGUGAGAUGAUUUACUUUGUUGUAGAGAUUUUACUGUUUCUGGUGUUAUUUUAGCGUUUCAUCAGUUUGUUGUGUAGCGUUUGCGUAGCGUAAGUUGUGCCAUAGUAAUGAGUUGCGAUUGUGUAUAAUGUACUGUUUACUGGGUAUUAUUUUGUGUACCGUUGUGUAAGUCUGUUACAGUACUCGAACUGCUGUCAGUUUAAAAUGUCUAACGUAUGUAAUAUGCGACAUGCAUGUCUUUUUUCUUUCAUUUUUUUUUUUUUUGACUACGUGAAAAAGCUAUAAGCUCAGGUAUAGCUUUUAUAGCUGUAUUUAUUUUAUUCACUUUGACGUAGAAUAGGUAUGCACUGGGAGUUGUGAAUCCAGACUGACAAUAAGACCAACGCAAGCUACCUAAAUGAAUAUAAAUUAUAAGAAUCUAUCUACUCUGUCAGAUAUCUUGAUUCCUUCUUAAAGACUCCCACUCCAAUAACCAUCACAAACGUAGACCUCUUUCUGAAGCAAAUUCAAAGCAACUGUAUUUCACAAAUAAAACUUAACCUAGUGAACCCAUUA